AAACUGUACGAUUGACGUACGCGAGGGACUUUGUUCAUCGGCCCAUGAAAACGACCCUGACGGGGAUCAUGGCUCACGACUGGCCAUAACGUCAUGCCGCACCCCAGCGCACAACGAGCAAGACCGUACUUACGAUUCAAGACUGCAAUCAAUUCCAUUUCAGACCUGGGGAAAUGAUCGAGGUAGGUUUCAAUGGCUCCUCCCAAGGCUUGCUUGAUCGCGGCAAUGGCUUGUUUGCAAGGGACGGUCACAGAACCUACUAGAGGAAUUGUCAUCGCAUGGUUUCAGGCAAGUCGUCAUGCGUACCUCGUGAAUAGGGCGCGUACGCCAACGAGGCACAUUCAUACCCAAGUUCGUUGUGUUCACGUUCCGAGUCGCUUUACCGCCUUAACAUUGAAGGCCAAAGGCUUGUCCACGUUCAACCCGACGUCGACCCAUGCGAUAUACGGGAAAGCGUCCGGAGCUCGUAGGUAAGCAAACACUCGCCUUAGCUGUGCCAUGUUGAAGGUGACGACAGAUGAGGA